AUGGCUAUUAAUUGGAAAUCUGCUUUGCAAUCAUCAGCAGCAGUUGUAUCAAUACUAAUAAUUCUCAAAGAACUUCAUGAUCUUUAUCAAUCUAGAAUUCAUUCAAAACAUCUUACUUCAUUAUCACCACGUACCAGAGGAGUUGAAUCACUUAUUGGAAAUACUCCACUUGUAGAAAUUAAAUCAUUACUGAAAUUAACCGGUUGUAAAAUUUAUGGUAAAUUAGAACUUCUUAAUCCCGCAGGAAGUGCUAAAGAUAGAGUUGCAUUAGCAAUUAUUAAAGCAUCUGAAAAACAAGGUAAAUUGACACCUUAUCAAAAUAAUAUAAUUUUUGAAGGUACAAGUGGAUCUACAGGAAUUUCAUUUGCUGUUUUAUGUAAUGCAUUAGGAUAUAUUUCACAUAUUUGUUUACCUGAUGAUACAUCACCUGAAAAAUUGAAUUUAUUAAAAGCAUUAGGAGCUGAACUUGAACCUGUUAAACCAGCAAGUAUAGUUGAUCCAAAUCAAUAUACAAAUGCUGCUAGAAGAGGAGCUAAUAAAAUUAACAAUGAUCCUAAUGAUAAUAGAAAAGCUAUAUUUGCAGAUCAAUUUGAAAAUGAUUUUAAUUGGAGAAUUCAUUAUGAUACUACAGGACCAGAAAUUUUAGAACAAAUGGGUAAUGAUAAAAUUGAUGUAUUUAUAAAUGGUAGUGGCACUGGUGGUACUAUAGCUGGAGUUGGUAGAAGAUUAAAAGAAAAUAAUCCAGAAACUAAAAUCAUUCUUGCUGAUCCUCAAGGAUCUGGAUUAGCUAAUAGAGUUAAUUUUGGUGUAAUGUAUGAUAGUGUUGAAAAAGAAGGUACCAGAAGAAGACAUCAAGUGGAUACUUUAGUUGAAGGAAUUGGAUUGAAUAGAUUAACUUGGAAUUUUAAACAAGCAGAACCAUAUAUUGAUGAAGCUAUUAGAGUUACAGAUGAACAAGCUUUGAAAAUGGCUAAAUUUAUUUGUGUUAAUGAUGGAUUAUUUUGGGGUAGUUCAGCUGCUAUUAAUUGUGUAGCUGCUGUUAAAACAGCUUUGAAAUAUGGUCCUGGUCAAAAAAUCGUGGUUAUUGCUUGUGAUUCAGGUGCUAGACAUUUAUCUAAAUUCUGGAAAGAAGCCACAUCUUUACCAAACGAUUUAACCUUAGAUGAUGUAUUAAAAUAA